UGGGAUCUGUGUGCUGAUUAUUGCAAUCUAGCGAUCUUCCUCGGCUUCUCCAAACAUUGCCUCGUGUUUCUAAGGCCCCCCCCCCAACGUGUCACAGCGCUGCUGAGCUGGCCUGCGAUUUGGUGACGUGGAAAGCGACGUGAACUUUUCGGGUACAGUUUGUUUAUUUUCCGAUAUUCUGGAGUUGACGUCAACCAUUGAUCCAGUCGAGGCGAGAUCUGGCGUGGUGAGGUGACACGUGGCAGGCAGGGCGUAGAGGUCUUGAUUGAUUGAUUGAUUGCCUUUUUUUUUCUGAUUUCCAUUUCUCAUGGCGCCCGGUGGGGGGUAUUUGGUCACAGCCGCUUCGGCAGACGUUUGCGGCCAGCUGUCGCAGUUGAUGGCACAGCAGCAUUCACGUGCGACUGCCACGUCUCCACGUCGGGACUCUGCCACGUGUCCACGUCAGACCUCUGCCACGUGCCGACGUCAGAUCUCUGCCACGUGGCGACGUCGAGCAGAAGAUUCCAGCAGGAGAACGGAUCAGAACAGCGAGACCUGCGGCUACGUGUCAUGGAUAAAUCAAGGGACAUCAGCACGAGAAGGGAGGAGAAGGGAGGAGGGGAGGAAGAAUCCAGCGGCGGCGCUGACGUGUCACGUCAGUCUAGGCCGUCUGUCGUCGGGAUGCAGCCUCAUUGUGUCUCCAGGAGGAGAGAGGAGGUUUGACAGGCAAGCAGUGGGGAAGAGGAGUGUAACUGCUACCAGACGGCCCUUGUGGUUGGGUCCGCAAUGCCUUGGCACAGGUUCUUCCUCUUCCUCCUCCUCUCCUCCUCCUCCUCCUCCUCCUCCUCCUCUCCCUUCCUCUUUUUCUACUCCUGAAGUCUCGUCGUUAUCUAGCACUACCGUUUUAGAUCAGACACUCGACACUCCUUCUUCACUCGACACUUCUUCUUCUUCUUCUUCACUCGACACUUCGUCUUCUUCUUCGUUGACUAUGAAGACGUUGACGGAUAAAGUAAUGGAUAAGGCAAGCGCAGUGCUGACACAGAUCUUAGGUGGGGGUGUGGCUGUGAAAGGGAUGCCUGUGGCAGAAGGGGAUGCUUCGACCUUAUUCGAGCAAGCCUUGGUGUUCUGGCUACACGGUCGGUGCAUGGAACUUGGUCCUGUUUUCAAAUUGGCCUUUGGUCCGAAGGCCUUCGUGGUUGUGUCUGAUCCCAUUGUGGCUCGACACGUGUUGAAAGAGAACGCCCUCUCCUACGACAAAGGUCUGUUGUCUGAGCUUCUGGAGCCAAUCAUGGGCAAAGGAUUGAUACCGGCCGAUCAGGAGACGUGGAAGAAGAGGAGGAGAGCCAUUGUGCCUGCCUUUCAUGCUGCUUACUUGGAGGCAAUGAUGAAGGUCUUCACUGAUUGCUCUCAAAGAACAGUGGACAAGUUUGAAUCCCUGUUACAAUUGGCAGAGGACGGCCAGCGGGGUCGUAGUACUACCGCCGCUGGCAAGCAGAACGAUGCUGACGAUCGCGUGGAGAAGGAGGUGGUAGAGGUAGAGGUUGAGAUGGAACGAGAGUACUCUAGCCUUGCCCUGGAUAUCAUCGGACUAGGCAUAUUUAACUACGAUUUCGGGUCGGUUAAGGAGGAGUCGCCGGUGAUACAGGCGGUCUACGGUACACUGUAUGAGGUCGAGCAUCGCGCUACCUUCUACUUGCCCUACUGGAAGCUGCCGUUUGCGGACAAGCUAGUGCCACGUCAGCGCAAGUUUCAGGCCGAUCUGAAGGUCAUCAACGACUGCUUGGACGACCUCAUCGAGCGCGCAAGGGCCAACAGACAAGAAGAGGAUUUGGAAGCACUGCAGCAGAGGGACUACUCCAAGGUGGAAGACGCGAGUUUGCUGCGCUUCCUAGUGGACAUGAGAGGGGAAGACUGCGAGGACAAGCAGUUAAGAGACGAUCUUGUGACGAUUCUGAUCGCAGGGCACGAAACGACGGCAGCAGUGCUGACCUGGGGAACGUACUUGCUCGCCCAGCACCCUCACGUUGUGCUUAAAGCCCAGCAAGAGAUCGACAGAGUGAUGGGAGAGGGAGAGAGGGCGAGGAGGCGGCCCUCUCUUCAAGACCUCAAGGACAUGCAGUACGUCAGGCUUGUCGUCGCAGAGACGCUAAGGCUCUACCCACAACCCCCACAACUAAUCAGGCGUAGUAUAGCCGAGGACCUCCUUCCCGGGGGUCAUUUAGGCAAUCCCGAGGGGUAUAAAAUCCCCAAGGGUACAGAUUUUUUCGUGAUGUCCUACAGCAUCCACCGCAAUCCGCAUUUUUGGGACGACCCUGAAAAUUUCAACCCGGAUCGAUUUCUUACCCAAAAAAGCGGUCAAGGGAUCCCGGGCUGGGAUGGCCUGGAUCCUCAGCGAACCCCGACCGCUCUCUAUCCUAAUGAGGUAACCUCCGACUUCGCGUUUUUGCCCUUUGGAGGAGGGAUGCGCAAAUGCGUGGGCGAUCAAUUUGCGUUGAUGGAAUCGACGGUCGCCCUGGCAAUGCUGCUCCAGCGGUUCGACUUGCGGCUGCGAGACCCCCCAGAGACGGUCAUUCCAGUCACAGGGGCCACCAUUCAUACCAAGAAUGGACUGUAUUGCCGACUAAGAAGACGACAACGAGAUUAGAUUGUAUUUCAUUUUUAUUUUCAUUUUCAUUUUCAUUUUUAUUUUUAUUAUUAUUAUUAUUAAAAAAAAAAACACAGAACAAGACCGUGUUGGUAGAAGAAGGCAACAUGAAUUACCUCGUUUGCGAGGUCCUAUGCUUGCAGGGGUCCCCUCUAUAUAGUCUUAGGAGUAGUGGUAAGAAGGUAGUGAAAGGCGAAAAAAGAAUUUGAGAGAAGAAAAAAAAAAAAAAAAAAAAAAAAAAGAUUAGAUUAGAUUAGAUUAGAUUAGAUUCCGGAAGCUUGCAAAACCAAACAAACAAAAAAAAGAUUC